AAUAUGGAGAAGCCCCGAUUUUACUAAAAAUACAAAAUUAGCCAGGGAUGGUGGUGUGCACCUGUAAUCCCAGCUACUCUGGAGGCUGAGGCCUGAGAGUUACUUGAACCUGGGAGGUCGAGGUUGCAGUGAGCCAACAUCAGGCCAUUGCACUCCAGCCUGAGCAACAAGAGGAAAACUCCAUCUCAAAAAAUAUAUAUAUGAAUAAAAACAAAGCUGUGAGAUUGGGCGAGAUUGGAAGAGGUCAUCGAGGGAAUGAGCGAGUGUCUUGCUCAUCAAGAAAACCAGCAUCUGGCCUGCAGUGAGCAUGUAGUGUCGUUUUAUUGCUGACUCUCUGUUAAGUGCUUGCUCGUGAGAGAGGGCAGAGGCCAGUGUUUGCCAAGCUCUCAUCCUGUGCCAGGGCACAUGAGAGGGGGUACACGGGGGCCUUUCCUUCCUAAUACUGCUCUCCUUCCAGUCUGUACCAACAAGAGCCUGGGUUUUGCGCCUGCUGACACCGUCCCUCCUACCACACCCCUGUAGCCACAGCCAACUGACCUCGGGCAGCCAGUCAGCCCCUUCCUUCCUCCGGGUCCGGCAGUGACUCUGGGCUCCCACAAGCCCCUGCACUUCCUCUGUCCCAGCCGGGUCUCUCCCUGCAGGUCAUCACUCCCUGUCCGUCUCUGGCUGCUUACACAGCCGGAGCAAGGGCCACUAACUGAGCUUGCUUCUUCCUGUGAGAUAAGUCACUCAUGUACACAGUUGUCACCCGAAGAACGCAAACGCGGAGUCAGUUCAAGUCUUCCUCAUACGAAACCCCCCGCACACAUUCACGGGUGCUCCACUCACGAACAGUGGAAACAAGCCACCCUGAUGUCCAUCUGCCGAUGAGCGGAUACGUAAAACGUGUUCUGGCCAUACGGUGGAAAAGUACUCAGCAAAAAAGGAACGCAGCUCUGCUUCCAGGCCACCACGCGCAUGAACGAUGAACGCAUUCAGAGAAAGCAGCCAGACACCAAAGGCUGCAGAUUCCAAGAUCCCAUUUAUAGGAAAUGCCCAGAAUAGGCCAAUCCAUGGAGACAGAAAGAUGGAUGGCAAGCGGCGGCCAGGCCCAGGGCCUGGGGUGCCCCCAAAGCGGGCCCGUGGGGGAUUCUGGGAUGAAGAUGACAUACCUCAGCCAUCCCAGUUCGAGGAGGAGCUGGCACUGAUGGAGGAGAUGGAGGCAGAGCACAGGCUGCAGGAGCAGGAGGAGGAGGAGCUGCAGUCAGCCCUGGAGGGGGCUGCAGACGGGCAGAUCCCACUAUCCGCCAUAGAUCCUCGCUGGCUUCGGCCCACGCCAGCCCCCCUGGACCCCCAGACAGAGCCCCUCAUCUUCCAACAGUUGGAGAUUGACCAUUAUGUGGGCCCAGCACAGUCUGUGCCUGGCGGGCCCCCACUGUCCCGAGGCUCUGUGCCCGUGCUCCGCGCCUUUGGGGUCACUGACGAGGGAGUCUCUGUCUGCUGCCAUGUCCACGGCUUUGCCCCCUACUUCUACACCCCAGCACCCCCUGGUUUCGGGCCCGAGCACCUGGGGGACCUGCAGCGGGAGCUGAACUUGGCCAUCAGCCGGGACAAUCGUGGUGGGAAGGAGCUGACCGGGCCGGCCGUGCUGGCCGUGGAGCUGUGCUCCCGAGAGAGCAUAUUUGGGUACCACGGGCACGGGCCUUCCCCAUUCCUGCGCAUCACCCUGGCGCUGCCGCGCCUCGUGGCCCCCGCCCGCCGUCUCCUGGAGCAGGGCAUCCGUGUGGCAGGCCUGGGCACCCCCAGCUUUGCGCCCUAUGAGGCCAACGUUGACUUUGAGAUCCGGUUCAUGGUGGACACGGACAUCGUCGGCUGCAACUGGCUGGAGCUCCCUGCCGGGAAAUACGCCCUGAGGCUGAAGGAGAAGGCUACACAGUGCCAGCUGGAGGCGGAUGUGCUGUGGUCCGAUGUGGUCAGUCACCCACCUGAAGGGCCAUGGCAGCGCAUCGCGCCCCUGCGCGUGCUCAGCUUCGACAUCGAGUGUGCCGGCCGCAAAGGCAUCUUCCCUGAGCCCGAGCGGGACCCCGUGAUCCAGAUCUGCUCGCUGGGCCUGCGCUGGGGGGAGCAGGAGCCCUUCCUACGCCUGGCGCUCACACUGCGGCCCUGCGCCCCCAUCCUGGGCGCCAAGGUGCAGAGCUACGAGAAGGAGGAGGACCUGCUGCAGGCCUGGGCCACCUUCGUCCGCAUCAUGGACCCUGAUGUCAUCACCGGCUACAACAUCCAGAACUUCGACCUUCCCUUCCUCAUCUCUCGGGCCCAGACCCUCAAGGUACAUACAUUCCCUUUCCUGGGCCGUGUGGCCGGCCUUCGCUCCAACAUCCGGGACUCAUCAUUCCAGUCCAAGCAGACGGGCCGGCGGGACACCAAGGUGGUCAGCAUGGUGGGCCGCGUGCAGAUGGACAUGCUGCAGGUGCUGCUGCGUGAGUACAAGCUCCGCUCGUACACGCUCAAUGCUGUGAGCUUCCACUUCCUGGGCGAGCAGAAGGAGGACGUGCAGCACAGCAUUAUCACCGACCUGCAGAAUGGGAAUGACCAGACCCGACGCCGCCUGGCCGUGUACUGCCUGAAGGAUGCCUACCUGCCGCUGCGGCUGCUGGAGCGGCUCAUGGUGCUGGUGAACGCCGUGGAGAUGGCUCGGGUCACUGGCGUGCCCCUCAGCUACCUGCUCAGCCGUGGCCAGCAGGUCAAGGUCGUGUCCCAGUUGUUGCGGCAGGCCAAGCAGGAGGGGCUGCUGAUGCCCGUGGUGAGGUCGGAGGGUGGCGAGGACUACACGGGAGCCACUGUCAUCGAGCCCCUCAAAGGCUACUACGACGUCCCCAUCGCCACCCUGGACUUCUCCUCGCUGUACCCGUCCAUCAUGAUGGCCCACAACCUGUGCUACACCACGCUCCUGCGGCCCGGGGCUGCCCAGAAACUGGGCCUGACGGAGGAUCAGUUCAUCAAGACGCCCACCGGGGACGAGUUUGUGAAGACCUCGGUGCGGAAGGGGCUGCUGCCCCAGAUCCUGGAGAACCUGCUCAGCGCCCGGAAGAGGGCCAAGGCCGAGCUGGCCAGGGAGACAGACCCCCUGCGGCGCCAGGUCCUGGAUGGGCGGCAGCUGGCACUGAAGGUGAGCGCCAACUCCGUAUAUGGCUUCACUGGCGCCCAGGUGGGCAAGUUGCCGUGUCUGGAGAUCUCACAGAGUGUUACGGGGUUCGGACGCCAGAUGAUUGAGAAAACCAAGCAAUUGGUGGAGUCCAAGUACACAGUGGAGAACGGCUACAGCACCAGCGCCAAGGUGGUGUAUGGUGACACCGACUCCGUCAUGUGCCGAUUUGGUGUGUCCUCAGUGGCCGAGGCGAUGGCCCUGGGGCGGGAGGCCGCAGACUGGGUGUCUGGUCACUUCCCGUCCCCCAUCCGGCUGGAGUUUGAGAAGGUCUACUUCCCGUACCUGCUCAUCAGCAAGAAGCGCUAUGCAGGCCUGCUCUUUUCCUCUCGGCCCGACGCCCACGACCGCAUGGACUGCAAGGGCCUGGAGGCAGUGCGCAGGGACAACUGUCCCCUGGUGGCCAACCUGGUCACCGCCUCGCUGCGCCGCCUGCUUAUUGACCGAGACCCGGAGGGUGCGGUGGCCCACGCGCAGGACGUCAUCUCCGACCUGCUGUGCAACCGCAUUGACAUUUCCCAGCUGGUCAUUACCAAGGAGCUGACCCGCGCGGCCUCCGACUACGCCGGCAAGCAGGCCCACGUGGAGCUGGCCGAGAGGAUGAGGAAGCGGGACCCCGGGAGUGCGCCCAGCCUGGGUGACCGCGUCCCCUACGUGAUCAUCAGCGCUGCCAAGGGCGUGGCCGCCUACAUGAAGUCCGAGGACCCGCUGUUUGUGCUCGAGCACAGCCUGCCCAUUGACACGCAGUACUACCUGGAGCAGCAGCUGGCCAAGCCCCUCCUGCGCAUCUUCGAGCCCAUCCUGGGCGAGGGCCGUGCUGAGGCCGUGCUGCUGAGGGGGGACCACACACGCUGCAAAACGGUGCUCACAGGCAAGGUGGGCGGCCUCCUGGCCUUUGCCAAACGCCGCAACUGCUGCAUCGGCUGCCGCACUGUGCUCAGCCACCAGGGAGCUGUGUGUGAGUUCUGCCAGCCCCGAGAGUCCGAGCUGUAUCAGAAGGAGGUGUCCCAUCUGAAUGCCCUGGAGGAGCGCUUCUCGCGUCUCUGGACACAGUGCCAGCGCUGCCAGGGCAGCCUGCAUGAGGACGUCAUCUGCACCAGCCGGGACUGCCCCAUAUUCUACAUGCGCAAGAAGGUGCGGAAGGACCUGGAGGACCAGGAGCAGCUGCUGCGGCGCUUUGGGCCCCCUGGCCCCGAGGCCUGGUGACCUUGCAAGCAUCCCACGAGGUGGGGCCGGGGCGGGGCCAGUGAGAAUGAAUAAAGUUCUGGACUUUUGCUA